AUGGGUGAUUGUAAUUUUGACCAUUAUAACAGUAAAGAAAAACUCUGUAAAUAUUCUUAUAAUCAAUGGUGUUCUAUGUGUGAGAUAAAAUCUCCUAGAAGACGAUCUUUAAGUGAAACCAAUGAGCCUUUCCGAAGAAAAUUCAAAGAAAUGAAAACUCUAACACCAAAAAAGUACAAUCAUUACCAGGAAUAUGAGAAUAUGGAGUUUGAAUAUGAGAGUAGGGGUAACUGGCAAGAAAAAGAUAUGAGAUAUGAUUAUUCUCGCCUUAGAACGAAUCUGUGUGAACUGCCUACUUCCUAUAUAUCAAAUAAUUGUCAAAUAACUACCAAUAUGACAGGUGGCCUUUCAAAACUUUCAAAUGAAUCAAGAGGUUUUGCAGAUGGUUGCAGGAGUAAAAGGUCUCCUGACCAUUCAAUGAAAUAUAUAGAUCUCCAUGAUCAAAUAGAAAAUUUAGGGAAUAUGCAAGUGAAACCUAAAAUUGAAUCUGUUGGUCACAAUAGAUUGGACCUACAAAAUAGUAGAACAUUGGAAUCAAUAAGACCCUUGAGAAAUGGGUUUAUGCUUCCCAGAAGUCCAAUAAAAAAUUGUUCACCCUCAAAUCAUGAUGAUUAUAAUGAUCCAUGCAUAGAUACCAGCAAUUGUAAACCAAAAUAUGAUACAAAGAUACUGAAUGAUUUGGAAUAUAGCUCAUUGAUAGACUACAAGCUUCAUAACUUGCUAGAACAUAAACCUUUAUGUUUUGAUACUGGCACCUACUUUGACAGAAGAAAUGAAGCAACAAAUCUUCAAGAUAAAUAUAACAGUGAAGUGGGUUAUCUUAGAGAGAAAUUGAAAUUACUUAAGAAUAGUGCUUACACAAAUUAUGCCACUAAUAAAAUUGAUAAAUGCAUAAGUACAGCAGACCUAUUGCCAGAUGCUGUGAAAGAAAGUAGCCAUGAUGUAGUGACAGAUGUAAAUUUACCAAAAAAAAUAGCAAAUGUAUCUCCUGCACAAGCUAAACCAAAUCGUAAUAAGAUAUCUUUGAAGACAAGGACUAAACAGAAUUCAAGUAUAUUGAAGAGAGUAAUGUCAAAACCUACAAAAUCAAAUUGUUCAGGAAGCGAUUGUAGUGGCUCUGAUAGUGAAAAUGAAACAAACUGUGAUGAAAGAGAUAAUGAUAGUGAAACAUCAACAGAAGAAAGCAACAAAGAUUCUGAAAGAGUACCUUCACUGUGUGGAAAAAUACCAGGUUCUGGUGAUACAGUUAAUUGGCCAGUUCGGCCUAGUUUAUUUCCAAACAUUCCUCCUUAUAUUCAGUUCUUCUCUCAUGAUUCAGAAACAGAAAUAAAUAUUCCCAAUGGAAAAAAAUUCUUGAAAUGGAAACUCAGUACAAUAACCCCAGUCAUCGUUAGGAAAACUUUAACAAAUUCUGGGUUUGCAUUGGUCAGAAAGUCCAAUCAAUGGCUUGGAACAUGGGGAAAGCACAUGAAAUCACCAAUGUUCAAAACAUUGAAAGAUAUGCAAAAAAUUAAUCAUUUUCCUGGUACUUUUCAGUUAGGAAGGAAAGAUAGAUUAUGGAAAAACUUUCAAAAAAUGAUUAGCAAAUUCGGACUGAAAGAGUUUGGAUUCCUACCUCAUACUUAUGUUUUACCUCAGGAAUUGAAACUUCUGAAACAGGCUUGGGAAUUCAAAAAUGGCAGUGGGGGAGAAAUGUGGAUCAUUAAACCGCCAGCUUCGGCUCGAGGUGUUGGCAUUAAAGUGAUAAAUAAAUGGUCGCAGCUUCCAAAGAAAACUCCCAUAGUUGUACAAAAAUAUAUUGCCAAUCCGUAUUUAAUAAAUGGCAGCAAAUUCGACCUGCGCCUUUAUGUACUGGUUACAAGUUUUCACCCCUUAAGGAUAUAUCUUUAUCCUGAUGGAUUAGCUAGAUUUGCCAGCGCCAAAUAUAGUGAUGAUGCCAAAGAUUUGAAAGACAGGUACAUGCACCUGACAAACUAUAGUAUUAACAAACUUUCAAGUCAGUAUACUGCCAAUGAAGAUGCAAAUUCUUGCCAGGGUCAUAAAUGGACUAUUUCCAAGUUAUUAGAAUAUCUCCAGGAACAAAAUGUUGAUACCAAAGCCUUAUGGAGAAAUAUGCAACAGUUGAUAAUCAAAACGAUGAUCGCCUGCGAGGCACCCAUUACUCAAUUGUGCGAAGAAAAUAUGAACAAUAAAUAUAAUUGCUACGAGUUGUUUGGAAUAGAUGUACUAUUGGAUGAACACCUAAAGCCCUGGUUAUUAGAGGUCAACAUCUCUCCCAGUCUCCAUAGCAGUUCACCUUUGGAUGCGCACAUCAAAGGUCCCAUGGUACAGACGCUAUUUGAUAUGGCUCUAUUCCACCUACCUCAAAAGCUGGGACAGACUUUUGUUGAUGCACCCCAAUGCUAUGAUCCAAAACUUUAUACAUGCUCGCUGACGAAAAAAGAGAAGCACAAACAUGUAUUGUUCACCCAGUAUGAGAACAGAGAGGAUUAUUUACAGGAUAUCCUGCAGAACUUGACAGGGGACGACAUUCGACAUUUAACAAAAGCUGAAGAUGAAUAUGCUAUCAAAGGAAGAUUCGAGAAAAUAUUUCCCAAUGGUCAUUCCCACAAAUAUCUCAAUUUCAUGGAGCCUAGAUAUUACAACAGGUUAUUUGAUGCUUGGGAAACCAAAUAUGGAAAUAAACGAGAUGAAGGUAUAGGAGUGUUGAAAAAUCUUUGUUCUCAGAAGAUUCAUCUAAAAUUAGGUUCUCAGAGCACAUUUGAUAAGAAUUCGCCGAAUACGAUCCUUUCGGAUAUGAAUGUUCCGCCGCCCAAACAAGAACUCAGUCGCCCAUUGGAAGAAGUGAUGCGGGAGACAACAAUCAACAAUAAAAUAUCAACAUCGACCUGUCCAGCUUCAUUGUGA